UUAUACUCAUGAUCCUAUUCCUAAUCCUUCCUCUCUAAUUUCGCUUUUGUUGUACCAGUUCGAAUUUUGCACACGCACGCGCGGGUCUGCAUGCAGUAAUUACUUGCUGACCCGACCGCCGAGCAAUUUCUAUUUCUACAAGUUGCAGACUCGGUCACAGCUUACUUUGUAAACUGACACUCACUCACAGUAACCGACGCUAUUAUAUAUGGGAUCGUUUCAACGAUUAAAAUAAAAAAAAUUAAUUUUUUGCAAUUCAAGGGGUUAUAUAAAAUGAAAAUCAUCAGAAGGUGAUGCGGGAACUGCCGCCGUCGCGGGCCUCCCAGGUGAACAUCUCCGGCUUGUGUUUUGUUCAUGGUAAUGAAAUAACUAGACACGUCCCAACUUAAGCUAGUUGAAAUGAUAUGGAAGCUGGAGUCUGUCAUCGCGGCAGUAGCAGUUCUAAUACCAAGCGCCUUGGUAUGGAGAACGUCGCCAGGGCGAUCCGGGCCCUCCUCCGCGCCCCCUCCGGACGCCGGAAAUACAUGGGGGGGAUCCACGCGCGCAGAGAAGAGCUGCUGGCCGAUAUCUUGGGCCCGGAGAAGGCGACGCCAACCGACACGGAGCCCAGUGAGGCCCUGCAGGAGUAUCGCGAGCAGAACGGUGGAGGAGGCGACGCUGCGGAUAUGUUGGGCAAAAGCAUCCUAAAGAGUAGCUUUUUCGUAAGGAAAAGCGUCAACUUUUGACGCGCCUCAUUUUGAUGCCAAAAAUGAGCUUGCGGGACGUCUCCCAGAGACGUCCCCAGGGACGUCAUUAACUUUGGCUAUUCCCACUUAGUCAAUCCAUUUCCAUAUCGCGGAAAAUAGACGUCUUCUUGGACGUCUCUGGGCGUCUAAUUAAUCGCGAUCCUCCAGCUCUAAAAGGAACUCAGGAACUCCCACUCUGAAACUGAUGACCAAAACCACGAAAGUUGCUCCGUCCGUUGAGGUGCGAGAUCUCAAUACUACAACGCCACACAUUUUCAGGCUUUGCCGCACCAGCUUCCUCUUGGGAUGUAUUCGAAAGCCAUCACAUUGCCCCAUAAACUCCACCGGUCGAAACCAGCAUAGCGUCGCUGCUACGUGACGGGGCCCCAGACGAGCCGGAGAGCGAGGGACCACGCAGACGCCCAGCUUGUGGGCCGCAAAGACGGAGCCAAGCUUCCUGCUUCCUUUGCAUUCUUAAACCUUGUUCAACUACAUACCAUUUUAACUAGCUGAAGUUGGGACGUGUCUAGCUAUUUCAUUACCAUAAACAAAACACAAUCCGGAGACGUUCACCUCGGAGGCCCGCGACGACGGCAGUUUCCAUGUCGCACUCUGAUGAUUUUCAUUUUGUAUGACCUCUUGAAUAAAUAAAAAUUAAUUUUUUUAAUUUUAAUCGUUGAAACGAUCCCAUAUUAUAGCCUUCUCUUUAUUCGAGCAUCAUGAUAGCUCUUCCUUUAUUCUUUGCACAUACACUAUCUGUAGCUGUUUACUUGUCUUCUUUUUCGAAAAUUACCAUUUCCAAUUGGCUUCUUUUUUCGUCACGCUAACCAAAUGUUUACAUUUCACCUACAUUGACUUCGAAUCACAAAAUCGCGUUGAUGAGUCCAUGCAU